AUGGCUGCAUCAUCUUCUGCACGUCUUAAGGGUAUUCUAUCAGUAACUGUACUGAAAGCAAACGAUUUAAUCAAAAGUGAUUUUAUCGGCGAAAACGAUUGUUAUGCGGUCAUUUCACUUGAACCUCUUGCCGUGCAAUCGAAAGUAAAGGCUGGAAACCAAUCAAAACAAACAGAAACACGCCAGAAGACACAAAUUCGUGACGGUUGUCAUCCCAUUUUCAACGAGAAACUUCUAUUUCCAGUAGCACAGGAAUUAGAAGCAUUGUACGUUCAAGUAUGGGAUUCCGAUAUUGGCAAAGACGAUCUUUUAGCCUAUGGAACAUUGAGUUUGCUGGACAAUUCCCAAGGUGGCGAAUUUAAUACGAAUCUGAACAAAGAAUGGCUUCAUACCGCAACUAUUUCCAUGGAUAAUGAAAAACGUGGACAUGGUGGUACACUGGAACUCGUCCUUCAUUUUAUACCGGAGACAGUUGCUGCCUAUAUGAGCAAAAAAUUCAAUGCUGCGCAAGCCGACAUGAAGAAAAAAUUGACGGAGCAAAUCGUGGCAAAAAUGACUGAUGUGGCUACAGACCAAAUUCGAGGAUAUAUCGGCAUUGGUGAUUGA